CAUUGUUGUUUUGAAGCUUGAAAUGCAUCUCAGUAAUAAGCAAAUAUGAGAGAAAUAUUGAAGUAAAUGACUGUUAUUUAGAAUAUUUAUGUGUGGAAGUGCCUCUCAUGAUUGUACAUGGAUAAAAUAGUGAACUAGGGGAUGAAACAAUCACCUAAAAAUGGACUACCGGAAGAAGCUGUUGCUGCAGGGCAACCGGGCGGCCAUCUUGCAAGACCUGGAGGUGGCCGACGUCGUCGACCAACUGCUCUCGAGUGGCGCCAUCACGGCGGAUGACAUGGAAUCAAUGGAUACCUAUUCAACACGCGUAGAAAAAACAAAGUAUCUCCUAGACGUCAUAGAAAAUGGUACAGACAGCGCAUUCCAAGCGUUCCUGGACUGUUUGGAGAAGGACUACCAGUGGCUGUGGGUGCUGCUGACUGCGGACGCCAGUCCUGACGCCUUCAACAGCAGCAUAGAGGACAGCCUCAGCAAGGGCGAUGUGCCGAGGUUGCCGCAGUUCUAUGUCCGGAGGCCUUUGGUGGAACGGAACGUCCUACGUCACUUGGAGAAGCUGCAACGCCACAAGGCACUGGUGCUGCUGGGCACUAUAGGGUCCGGCAAGAGCAGUGUGGCGGUGAGCGUGAUCAGGAACACGCCGGAGCUGGUCAGCGACAGCUUCCAUGGGCGGGUGUUCUGGCUCAACUGCAGCAACUGCAAGAGCGACUACGACCUCACUGCGCUUCAGAGCAAGUUACAACGUAAAACAGCAAUACAAACAGCAUACAAUAUGAAUUCGUCCAUAUCCAUCCCCAGUAUGAGUUCCGUAGGCGACACCUCCAUAUCCGGCUACGAAAGGUCUUGGGAGGAACUGAGAGAUGUCCUCAAAGACGUGUUCAGUAUGCCAUCCUUGAGUGGCUCCUUGUUGGUCCUGGACGAGGUCAAUGACCGCGGCUGCGUCGACGCGUUUGACAUAGGGUGCAAGAUUCUCAUCACUACUAGGGAGAAAAGUGUUUAUGCUAAUCUGGAUGCUGAAGUUAUUAACAUCGAUAACCAUUUAAAUGACAACGAAGUUCUAGAACUAUUCGCCAACUGCCUCGGCGUGCGCGUAUUACAACUGCCGCGUCAGGCGAAGAAAUUACAAGAAGCGUGCAAAGGAAAAAGUCCCUUCCAUCUAGCGUUAAUAGGGGCCCAAUUGGCGGAGAACAGAGAGAGUUUGACAGACACGGGGACUCCGCUUUGGAAGCACUACAUCAAUAAUAUUGAAAAGAAGACUUUCUUUUCAAUAUUCAACAUCGAAAAGCCAGAGAAGCCAGAAAAGGUGAUGAAAUUCUGCCUGGAUUCAUUAGAGAAUGAUACUUUUAAUCUGUUCAAAAUGUUGGCAAUACUGCCCGACAACAUCAAAGUAUCCGCACAAGUGCUUAGUAAACUGUGGCUGAGGAGCAUCACCGAAGUGCAAUCUAUCCUAAAAAAGCUGAAAAAUAAAUCCCUAAUCAACGAAUCGUACGAUAAAGACCACAAAACUUACAAAUACGAAACGCAUGAGAUUAUUCUAGAUUAUUUGAAAGGGUGUUCCACGGAGGAUGAGAAACACAAGUGGCAUAGUAACUUUUUAAGGAAUUAUCAUUAUGGCAACACUACGGAUACCACGGUGGAUAUCGACGACGAUGGUUAUAUAGCGUUUUUUAUCGGAUAUCAUUUGGAGAAUACGCACAAUAUCGAUAAUAAUUACGCUAUGUUUCACCGGCUGUUCUUGGAUCUCAAGUUUCUCGGGAACAAAGUCAGAUUGACCGGCCAAGCUGAUGUCAUAUAUGAUUUGCAGAAGUAUGAGAAACAUAUUGUCGAACAUGCUCUGGACCGCGACCUCGUGAUCUCGAUAGUGGCGUUCCUGAAGAAGUACGGCACGGACCUGUACAGGUACCAGUGCACGGACGUGGUGCAGACCGUGCUGCAGCACGAGGCUAAAGGAUUACUGUACAAGAGGGCCUACGACGUGGCGCAGGACUGCGUGGCUCACAACGAACUCUAUUUUGAUUUCUCGGACCGAUGUUGUGCGCACACCCCAACGUAUAAUAAGGAGGGCCACAUAAUCCCAUUUCGGAGUGGAUGCCAUGAACACAACGUUGAAGAAAUAAUACCGUCCACAAUUGAUGUGAAGGAACCCAUUACAUCCUGUUGUUUUCAAUUUGACUAUGUACUGAUCGGCACACAAAAGGGAAAUGUUAAGAUUUUCCAUCUCCAUUCAAACAAACUGAAGGGCGAGAUAUUCGCCGCCCGCAGCCCUAUAAAAUGGAUUGGCGCGUGUCCCGUACAGCCGGCUAAAGUUGCUAUACUGUCCGCCGACGGGGACAUCUACCUGUGGACCAUCAAGGAAGAGGACACUGGUACUAUUGAAGAAGAAUCCGAAGACCACCAAUCAUCGACACCAUCGCUAAACAGCCCCAUCCAAAUCCACCCUCAAAUGCGGCCCUGUCUCAACGCCCGCUGGUCGGACCACGAUGCCAUACUGCUCACUCACACUCCCAAAACCAUAGUUUUAAACAACACGGACGGACAGACAAUACAACAUAUAGAUGUAGACAGAUCGGACGAUGUGGUGUGCUGUAGUAUACUCAAUGAUAAGUUUAUUGUGGCCGCGAUUAAUAAUAGUGGGGCUUAUAGUGUGGUGCUAAUUGAUAAUAUGUCGCAGAGCAAUGUGAUGACCAUUGAGGAGAAUGAUAGGAUUGUUAAUCUAAUCGUUGUACCUGGAACCAAUAAAAUUAUAACACUCAAAGAAAAAGAGGUGACGCAGCACAAUUUGAAAAUAAACUACUCGUCCUACCAAAACAAGUACAUUUGCAAGAGCGAGAAAGUGAUAUCGAGCGACGAUAUAAAGGACAAGCUGACUUUCUUGUCUAUGGCCGUGAAUAAAACUGGCACCAUGCUGUUCGUGUCCACUUGUGAUCAACGUGUCAAAUGCAUCGAUUUGAAUACCUAUAGGGCGUUUGACAUCGAGAAUCGGCGUGGCAACGUGACCACGAUGGACGUGAGCGAAAUUCCGGCGGACGAUGAUUUCCUUCCCGGAAUGGACGUGUUGCUCACCGGGACUGGAACUUUCGAGAACUCCGCCAAAGUCUGGUUCAUGGAUUCUUCAUUCGUGUCGCUGAAGAGGCAACAGAUUGACAACGUACGCCUAACAAAGCGUUUCGACGUCAGUUUCACCAACACACUAUCCCCCAUCACCCCCACGAGUUCCACAGCGUCCGAUUCAGUCAGCAACUCUAGUACUCCAAGAAGAAUCCAAUCAUUCGCCGAACGAAGCGAGAACGUUAAGAAACCAGCGGCUAAAGCGCUGAGUUUGGAUCGCUUCUCGCUGAAACCGCUGAAUUUGAAGGGCGCUUGUAAUAAUAAUGAGGGAGUGCAGCCGUUGCUGGCUGUUGUGGAUGACACUAAUAACAUACAGGUUAUGCGCGGCAGAAAGCUACUAACAAAAAUCCCAACAAACGUAGACGACCAAGUGAACGUAGUAGUGAUAUCUCCCUGCAACCAAUACAUUAUAUUCGGCCUCCGCUCCGGCCACGUGAACAAAUUCACCGUCAGAACAAAAGACAAACGCCUCAUUAUGGAUCUCGGCAGUCCUAUACAGUACUUGAACUUUGUUGAGUCUACCCUGUUGAUAGUAUCCGGCGAGAAUCGGUGUAUAAUGGCAUAUAAGAUGUCUCAUGAUGGGAAUUGGGAGUCGAAGAUGUUGCAACAGGGAGGGUGCCAUCUUGGGUCUACGGAGAUGCUAAAUGAUAUACAAGGUGUGAAGAAGAAGAACGGGCAUUCGGACAGCUUCUCCGACUCGGGCAGCACAUCCGCCUCACUGUCAGAGAGCAGCACUCUGGUUGACUGCUUCUGGUUGCCGGAAUACGGGCUCAUUACAGUCGAAUUUAACGCUGUUGUCAAACUGUGGGGCAGGAGUCUCAACUUAGAGAGUGUUCUCAAUGCUUCUCAUCCGCGUCAAAAUGGCGUCAAAGCGACUUGUGCCGCGUGUAAGAAGAGCGUUUUGGUGAUAUGCGAUGGCAGCACUAUGUCGUUCCAGGUCUUCCAUAUGGUGAAAGAAGAGGACAGCAAACUAAGACUGAGUUCGAAGGGCCAACAAAGAUUGACCAGCGCGAUCACAACCUGCGACCUCACAGCCGACGGCAGCAAGCUGGCGCUCGGCACUGACUCCGGGACUAUUGAGAUUUGGAACGUAUCUCAACGCGCUACUCGCAUCACAAUAUUACGUCACCACAAAUCCCGAGUCACCAGUUGUGCUUUCUCUCCCGUUCCCGAUCGGUUAUACCGCUCUAACCUCAUGCGGUCUCCUUCUAUUUCUCAUUCUCCGCCGCAAUUCAAUGGGACGAGUGACGAACCACCUUUAGUAUUGUUGACUAUGGCUGCCGAGAUUGUGUGGUGGAACGUCAGCUUUAUACUCACACUGCCUAUAAAUAGGAACACCAACGUCCUAUCCCCUCUGCUGUCGCCAACAGACAAUAGGACUGAUAAUUCAGUGUCCGGCAGUGUGAACAACAAUAAUGUAUCGCAAAACGUGUUCUUCGGCAACGGCAACCUGAACGCGCAUGAUUGCUGGAAAGCCGUUUGGAAACGCAAGAGAUGCAAGAAAGGUUCGAAACGCCAAGAGAUCCUUGCAUGCAUAAAACUCUCAGGCAUGAACGCCAAGAAGAUCAGCCACAACGAAGACUUCUCCUGUUUUGUGACCGUGGACAACUCGGGCCACGUCCACAUCCUGAACGUGAUGAGGCCCGCCACGUAGCACCUUCACGGUUAUGGGGCCCAGGUACCUUCGGUAGCCGUAAGAUCACUGCCUGCCUUAUUAAUUAUGUUGUCUUAUGUCGCCAUAGGUUACUUGUAUUUAGAAACGUUGUAUACGCUUUUUAUGGAGCAAUAACGAAAAUUAUUUAAAUUGAUGAAUACAUUUUUAGGAAAUUUUUAGAUUUUUUUUUACAUAUCAUUUCAUUCAACUGUUCAAAAAAUGCAACUAAAAUUGUUGAACUUGUAGAACUGAACUUAUACAACGUUUCGACAUCGUCGUGUAGCCAUUUCCAUGCCAUUUAGUAUAAAACGGUUAGUUCAGACUGUCACAUGUGGAUUUAAAAAAUAAACCGCAUGUUUUAGUGCUAAAUAUUUAUUUUAUACUUCGACCCAAAUAGAAAUUGUUAAAUGUGUUCAGCUCAUGAAUUUUUAUUCAUAAUGUAAUAGUUGUACCACCCGCCUUGAGAUUAGUAACUAUACAAUAUAGUAGCUAUACAAUACAUAUAGAAUUAUACCUGCUUAGAUGGUAACAUGAAAUGUGAGAACAUUCGUGUCCCGUGCAAUGCAUUUUUAUAAACCUAUGAAAGUUUGCAUAUUCGACUUGUGAUUUAUUUGAUAAAUAGUUCUAAGAUCAAAGUUAUGAACAAAUAUAUUUAAUCGAUAAGGUGUAGUCAAUUUUAUAAACAAAUAUUUUGCUUCAAUUCGCGUUGUAUGUUUUUCGUAAUUUUAUGGUUUUUUUAUUCUAAUUUCAAAUGCGUAGUUUUUUUUGUGAACCAAGGUCCGAAUAUCAUAGUAUACUUGUGACUUCUGUUCAUCUGCUUAUGUCUGCCUAAAUAUUUAAAGUGACCAAUUGAAGUGGCUUACAACAUACAAUUAUUAUAAAAGGUCAGAAAUAGAUAUAUUUUUAAUUUACUAACCGAAAAUUAGGCAUUCAUUAAGCAUAUAAUUUCUAUAAGUUUUAUGUUUUUCUAUUCAUUUUAUACGUAUCUUUUUUUAAUGUGCUUUUGCUUAUUGUAUAAUAACCAACAACGAAUGAUUUGCUCAUCUUGAUAACGUAAAUACGAAUAAUAUUUUACGAACAAAAUUGUACAAUUUUGAAUUAUUUUUUAUCUAAAGGAGUUAAUAUUAGGGUUUUGUUGACACGAAAUCGUGAUAUUUUGAAACCAUUUUAAUACUCUGGAUUGAUCUGAAAUAAAUACGUACAUGUAAUAUUUAAAAACCAUGACACAACGAAGGAAUUGUAACUAUGCAAUCGACAAAUUUAUUAUUAAAAGUAUAUUUUGUUGAUUGAGUCUAUGUGAGUGACUCAAAGAGAGUUGAGAAAAAUAUUAUAUUCAAUAGGAAAUACUUAAGAUGAUUAACUUUUGUUCAGCCCAAUUCGUGAAAAAGAAAACUGUUGAAUGAUUCAAUAAGUGAAAUCUUACUCCUGAAUUAAGAACCUAGUUUUUUCUUUUGUAAAAUUAGCAAUAUAAAUUUAAAUAAAUUCUAUUUUUAAUGAGGAUUAAGGUAGUCAUCUCUGAUGCAGUUAUAAAGUUAGUACCUAGUGAUAGCCAAGCCAGCAUAAGUAGCUCAGCAGUGAAAUAUUUUUCUCUUCUCGCCAAUAAGAGUCGACACCGAGGCUUAUUUACUUACUGUCUUUAGGUUAAAUGGUCUGUGACUUACUGCCUAGAAGCACUGCCCGCUAUUUUUUAUUUUGCUACUAUUGUUCUCGAAACUGUGCUAUUAUAGUCACAAAAUGUCAUGAAACUGGUGCAUUUUUUAUCAUUAUUCCUAGAUAACUACUUCGCCUGGGUGAUUAUACUUUUAUGUUGUAAUAUAAAUUAUAUUUACUUGAGAUUUCAUACAAACAAUGCAAACAUGGUGUAAAAUUAUUCCAAAUAUUGCUAUGUAGGCAAUUUAUUGAAUGUCAAAAAUAUUUACCUUAUGAUGGAGUUGUUUUAUUAAAGAACCAGUUGUGUAAGGCAUUUAAGCAACUGUACAUUUAUUUUACUUUGAAAUUAAUGUAUAUUAAGAUGAUUGUACGUAUCGAAUCGUACGUAUCGAUCUCUAUUAUGGAUAUGUAAUAAUAAAUGAAUAGUUGGUGCUAAAGUAUUGACUGUUUUUAUAAAGUAUGUAUUUUAUGCGCACAACAUGCAAUCUCUUGACACUAAACCUGUAAAAAUAAUCGCAUUACUUUCGUCGUGAUUUUUACGUAAGUAUAUCCAAAAUAUCAUAUAUAAUUUACUCAAAUUGUCAUCCAUUUCAUUCACUUUUUAUAACAACAAUACAUUUGACAGAUAUGUUCUGUUUCUGAACUUAAAAAUAAUUUAAAGAUCCAAUUUGUUAAAAGAAAACUUCUUCCAGAUUUCUUCUGAUAAUAUAAGUGCAAGAUGUUGAUUGCAUGAAUAUUAAGUAAUUAUAACUUUAAGUGAAUGCUCAAGUUUGCAUUUUCUUGUACAUAUUUUAGUACAUUUUACUGUGUAAUCUAUAAUAUCUAUAUAUACCAUAAUAUUCAAAUGAUUAGAAUAAUGUUUUAUGUGUAAUUUUAAUUAAACUCAAAUAUGCUAGGGGAAUGAAUGCUAUUUUUAGAUCAUUUAAAUAAUUGUAAUAUUUUAUCAGUUAUUUAAGAUAAUUAUAUACUUUUUUUUCAUUA